GUUCCGCUUCAGAGCCGCCUCGUCUAGCCUCCAUUUUGCUGUCGUGUAUUUCUGAGCUUGCGCAGUGUUGAUGUAAACUGGCGUGGAAAAUAGGACCCGAGACGGACGCGCUGCUAAAUCUUUCCAAAUAUGGACGGCAUCGGUAAUGUUGGAGUUGGAGUGAAGAGAGGAUCAGACGAGCUGAGUAUGUACAACAGUUCCAACUCUGGCAUAAGCAGUAUUAGUGAUGGGACUUCCAAUGGCAGUGACAGUAAAAAGCUGAGGGUAGAGGAGGCCUCUCCAUCUCGUGUGCUCCACAUCAGGAAACUGCCAAAUGAGGCCUCAGAAACAGAAGUUAUUGCCCUGGGCCUACCUUUUGGCAAAGUCACUAAUAUCCUAACACUGAAGGGAAAGAACCAGGCAUUCUUGGAGAUGGGGACAGAAGAGGCAGCCAUUACUAUGGUCAACUACUACACCACAGUAACUCCACAUAUUCGCAACGUCCCUGUCUUUAUUCAAUAUUCAAAUCACAAGGAACUUAAAACCGAUGCUGGUAAUCAGCGGACCCAGGCAGUGCUUCAAGCUGUGUCAGCAGUCCAAUCUGGUGGUUCUCCAAGCUCAGAUGUACAGGAAGCUCUCGCUGCAGCUUCCAGUCCAGUUUUGAGAAUCAUUAUUGACAACAUGUUCUACCCUGUGACUCUGGAUGUUCUCCAACAGAUUUUCUCCAAGUUUGGCACAGUCAUGAAGAUAAUCACAUUUACCAAAAACAAUCAGUUUCAGGCCCUUCUACAAUUCAGUGACCCUGUCAAUGCACAGCAAGCUAAACUGGCAUUGGAUGGUCAGAAUAUUUACAACUCAUGUUGCACACUGCGCAUUGACUUUUCCAAGCUGGUAAACCUAAAUGUUAAAUACAACAACGAUAAAAGUCGUGACUAUACACGUCCUGAACUUCCUGCCGGAGACGGACAGCCCAGUAUUGAUCCUUCAGUGGCUGCUGCCUUUAGUAAAGAUUCCAACUCCCUCCUCGGUAAGAUCCCAGGAGCCUUGAGCCCUCUGAGCGCAGCGGCAGCAGCUGCUGCUGCUGCAGGGAGAGUGGCCCUAGCUGGACAAUCUGGCUCCAGCGGGGUUCUACUGGUCAGCAAUCUUAACGACGAGAUGGUUACGCCCCAAAGUCUGUUUACCCUUUUCGGGGUGUACGGCGAUGUCCAGAGGGUGAAAAUUCUUUACAAUAAGAAGGACAGCGCUCUCAUCCAAAUGUCAGACGCAAAUCAGGCCCAGCUCGCGAUGAGUCAUCUUAACGGCCAAAAGAUGUACGGGAAGAUCAUCCGAGUGACACUGUCUAAACACCAGUCAGUGGCUCUGCCCCGUGAUGGAUUAGACGACCAGGGACUAACCAAGGAUUAUGCCAAUUCACCAUUGCAUCGGUUUAAGAAACCGGGUUCUAAAAAUUUUCAAAAUAUCUUCCCGCCAUCGUCAACCCUUCACUUGUCUAACAUCCCACAAGAUGUGACAGAAGAUGACUUGAGACUGCUCUUUUCCAACACUGGAGGCAGCGUGAAAGCGUUCAAGUUUUUCCAGGAUCGCAAAAUGGCUUUGAUCCAGAUGUCGACAGUGGAAGAGGCCACCCAGGCCUUGAUCGACCUUCACAACUACAAUAUGGGAGGGAACCAGCAUCUGAGGGUGUCAUUCUCAAAGUCCACCAUUUGAGGAAUUCCUUCAUCAAUUCGGCAAACUUUCACUGUGUCCGGACACUGGGGGGACCACAUUAAGUCUAUCAGUUCUUUUGUUGGGCUCGUGUUGACACUUUCAUUCCUUGAUAGACACUGAAACUUUUUUAAGACAUAAAAAGAAAAAAAAAAAUAGGUUAAGCCUUGAUUAGACUGGGUAUUAUCUUUUUCUUUGUGUUGAUUUCUCUACACUGCAGAGAUGCAUGAGAGGGUCUGCUGCCACAUUCUUCAUUUAUCUUCUCAAAAGACCAUGGAUUCCUGACCUAAAAACAUUGUGAUCCAAUGGAACAUGGCUGUUUUGGUCUGGCCUUGUAAGUCUCGGCCAAGUAGUACAUGUGUAGCUUUGAAAUGUUUGGUAACUUGGUGGUCGUUUUUUUUUUCAAUGCCUACCAAUGCAAGUGACUUUGCGACUACAGUAACGCACAACAAACUGCGUAGUGGUGACAUUCACUAUUUUCGAUCACCGGGAUCAGUUAUAGUUUAGAGCAGUCAUGUGAUACCACCCCCAAAAAAUCUACAGCUUUGAAAGUACCAAUACAAGUGUCAUCCAAUCGUCUGUAUUUUUUUAAAAACAACUGAUAGAAGCUUAAGCUAAAACAUGCUCACGCUCAGCCGGUGUGGUCGAAAUGACCCCUUGGACUUGGAGAACAGUGGUGGACCAGUUUUUUUUUGUCCGUGAAAUAUGUUUUACAUGUCUUUUUAGGGUCAACUUUAUCAAAUGGUGGUGAUUUGACUGCCUUUAAAUUAAAAAUGUAGAACUGUCUGUCAGUUUUCUUCUUGGAUGUCUAAAGGGUGCCAGCAGUGGUGACUAUUGGUAGAACGGUUUGCCACCACAUGAGCUAGCUUUAUAAUGGUAAAUCACCUACGUUCGAAGAGAUGGCACCAACCUUUACAUCAAUUAGAUGCAAAUUUGUGUCUGACCAUUAUUUAAAUGACAAACAUUCCUUUAACUUUAAAAAAAAGAAAAACAACUAAGAACUGUCAAAUUUAGAGAAAGGUCUCGCAUGUAAAAGCUAGGCUCUCCCAGUGUCUUCUUGGUGUACCUCUAUUUUUAUGUUGGUAUAGUGACAUUAUAGAUUGUACAGUACCUUUGAUGUUAGUCAGAUCUUGAUUUUUUUUUUUUUUUUUAAAUUUACUUAGAAACACCCAGGACUUUUGUGCCUUACCUGAUGUAAUGAAUAGUUUACCCACGUGGUCGUCUGACACAACAUCCCAGCUAUGCUUAACAAGGCACGUUGACACUGAUUUCUCAAUGCAUUGUCCACCGUCAUCAUGCAGACACUGUUAUUAUAUUUUAUAACACAUUCUUAUUUUCUCAUGCUCUGCAGAAUCAUUUCCAGAUAGGACUUUUUACAGGCAUUUUAUAAUGGCUUUACCGGCAGAUUUACUUGAAAUUCAAAUGCCAUGGGGUUUUAAAGUGUAAGACUGAGAGCUUCCCUGAAACCCCCCCUCCCAACCCUCAUAGUGGUUUAAUGCGCCAUCUACACAGCUACAUUUAGUUUUAAGAUGACUCAGUUUCAAUGCAACUGUUAUUUAGAAGCUAUUUGGGAAAACCCCAGUCUUUUUUUUUUUUAAAGCAUAUGAAGCCCAGUAGAUUCUUUCUGUUUUUGGUCUGAUCACAACAGUAGAGUAGUUUCAUUCUAAAAAUGAAACUACAAAAACAGCUUUUUUUUUGUAGUU